AUACAUCUCCACCAUUCAAUCCAGUGAUCCACUCCAAACUAAACAGUUAUCCAACAAAUCAUUCACCCAGCAAUCAACAUGUCUCUCGACUUCAGCAUCCCCACAGCCCUCAUCCUCAUCGACAACCAAGCGGCCUUCACGCACCCCACCUACUGGGGCAGCGCCCGGUCCAACCCCUCCUACGAGAACAACCUGCAAGCCCUGCUCUCUGCCUUCCGCGCCGCAAAGCGGCGCUCCUCCAGCACGCCCCUGGAGAUCAUUCACGUCUUCCACUCGUCGCACACAGACGAAGAAUCCCCGCUGCACCCGGCCCACCCAGGCGAAGGCAUCCACCCGCUGGACUUCGCCGCCCCGGCCACGGACGGCUCCGAGCUGGUGACGUGGAAGUCCGUGAGCUCGGGGUUCAUUGGCACGGAGCUUGCGGACCAUGUGCGGGAGAAUGGCAUCCGGCAGCUUGUGUUUGCGGGGUUGACGACUGAUCAUUGUGUGUCGACUACUGUGCGGAUGGCGGCUAAUUUGGGGGUUGUUAGCCGGGGGCCGGAUGAUCCGGGGAGGAUCGUGCUUGUUGCUGAUGCGACUGCUACGUGGGCGAAGGGGGGUUUUGAUGCGGAGACUGUGCAUGCUGUUUCGGUGGCGAGUUUGAAGGGCGAGUUUGCGGAUGUUUUUUCUACGGAGGAGGUUGUGAAGGCUUUGCAGGUUGCUGCUUAGAUUGCCACUUAGGGUUGAGGGUGGUGUUUUUCUUGUUCCAGGAAGGAAGUGGAAUGGAAAGGAGGGAAAAAGG